CUGCGCUUCGAGUCCAGGUUUGAGAGCGGAAACCUACGGAAGGGUGAGAACUUGUAUUCUUCUCCUCUCCUUCACUUCCCUGUCAGCCUACCGGUCUUCAACUGCACCCAAUGGUUCUACUUCCGUGUGCUCAACGGCUUAUCCUCCAAGCUCUACACCCUCUCCUUGCUAAACUUCAUCAAACCUGACAGCCUGUACAAGGACGGGAUGCAGCCGCUGCUCUACUCGCGCGAGGAGGAGCGGAGGACGGGGAAGGGAUGGCACCGAGUGGGGGAGAGCAUCUCCUACCAGGCGAAUGUGCGGCAAUUCCACAAGAAUGGGCAGCAGGUGAAUAAUUUCUUCACGUUGAGGUUCAGCCUUCAACUUCCCUACGAUGACGACGAGUGCUACCUCGCCAUGUGCUACCCCUACACCUACCACGACCUUCAGCAGCGGCAUCUGCUGGAGCUUCAGAGCGACUCUCUUCGCUCGCAGCGACUCCGUCGCUGCGAGCUCUGCAAGACGAUAGCUGGAAACGUGCUGGACCUCGUCAUGAUAGGCAACGACUUGCAGGUGCACGGGAGAGGAAGCGCACAGCUCCUUGUCAUCACAGCCCGCGUGCAUCCAGGAGAGAGCAACGCCUCGCUGAUCAUGCAUGGUCUCCUCGACUAUCUCACAGGGCCAUCACAUCACGCUCACGAGCUUCGCCGCGCGUUUUCUUUCUUCGUUGUCCCCAUGCUCAAUCCGGACGGCGUCAUCCUCGGCAACUAUCGCUGCAGCCUCAGCGGGCAUGAUCUCAACCGGCAGUGGAUCGAACCAGACGCCCAGCUGCACCCUGAGAUCUCCAGUGUCAAGAGACUCUGUAAGGAACUUGCCAUGGCAAACCGACUCGUCCUCUUCCUCGACAUUCACGGGCACAGCUGCAAGAAGGGAUUCUUCCUCUACUGCUGCGAGGACUCGGUCAGCGGGCUGCCGUGGGCCAUGUCGAGGAGAAGCGCCUUCUACUCACUGGGCAACACUACCUACAAGAUCGGCAAGUCAAAGGUCAACACGGGGAGGGCGGUGGUCUACAACGAGCUCGGCUGCAUCGACAGCUACACGUGCGAGGCGAGCUUCCUGGGCUCCGAGGUGGGGGGGGCUCAGUCGCUUCACUUCAACGAGGCGAGCCUGAGGAACGUCGGGGCUCAGAUCGCCGAGUCUCUCAGUGAGUACCUCCUCCCGGGCCUCAUCGAGCCUCAGACCCCCGGGGCCUGGCACUGA